AUGUCUACGCCAGCUAAGAAACCAAAAGUUGAGGAUGAUGAUAAGCCUAAGAUAGAGGAUGCAGAAUUUGUAUCAAGGGAGGAGUAUAUGCGCAAAAUGAAGAAACAAAUUGAAGAAAGAGGUUGGUUAGAAUUAAGGAUCGAUACAAUUACAUCAGACUUAUUAGAAUACAAACAGUUAUACCUUGCCAAAAAGGAUGAAUUAGAGUUAAUGAAAUAUAGCCACUGCUGUAAAAAGUAUGUUCCUGGUAAAUUAAUUGCAGAAUUACAAGAAUCAUAUAAAGAAUUGAGUGAAAAAUAUAAUAAAACUGUGAAUGUCAGUGAAUCAAGAUUUGUUGAGACUCAAAAACAUAAGGCAAAUUUCACUUCUCUUCAAAACAGGUUUUCGGAAGGAAAGAGAGAAAUAAACACAGUUAAAGAAGUAAAUGGUAAACUUUCCAAAGAGAAUGAAGCUCUAAAGAAGGAAUUGGAAGAAUUGAAAAACUUGAAAGAACCAAAGGAGAAACUUCCACCAAUUGAUCACAACAAUAUAAGAAUAGCAUCUUCUGAUACAAUUUAUCAAACACCGCGUGAACUUCUUCUUCGACAGAUUGAUGAACUAAACUCUAAAAUUGAAGUUCAAGAUCUUGUUAUUGGGAGAUUAGAAGAUGAAAGAGACACACUUCGAGAACAACUAAAUCAAAAAGUGAAUGAUAGACCACAAUCACCAAAUUUAAGAGCUUUAGUUGAAAAGGAAUUUAAUCAAAUUUUGAGUCAAAAGGAAUUGAAAUCAAUUGCAUCAGAAAAACAAUUAAAAUUAGAAAUUACUGAAUUGAAAAAACAACUUGCAAAGGAAAGGAAAGAUAAUGAAUUUAGAAGCCUGAAAAUUGAGGAUCUUCAAGGUAUUAAAGACGAUCUAACAGGUUCUAUUAAGGAUGCAGAAGAAAAGGAUAAAAAUCAAUCUGACAAAAUAAACAAAUUAGAAAAAGAAUUGGAAAUUCUCAAGAAAAGUAAAAUUGAAUCUGGUGAGAAUGUGACUAUAAACCAAGCUCGUUUGAAGAAAUGGGAAACAGAUUAUCGAGAACUUCAUGAUCAGUUGACUAAAUUAUCAAAAGAUCAGGAGAAUAAAAUGAAAGCAAAAGAUCUUGAAAUUUCAAAGUUGACAAAUAAUAAUAAGACUGCACAAACUAUAAUGCGGGAUGAAUGGGUACAAAAUUCUAUGACAGCUUCACAAAUAUUCAAAAAUUUAAAAAUGAGAUAA